GCCCGCCGCGUCUAGCAAAAAAUAUGAUAAAAAAAUUGUUAAAAAUUCGGAAAAUAGUUGAAAGUCAAGAAAAACUCAGCAGAAAGGAUGUUAAACCUCCUGGGGCCCCUGAGUCCUGGCGGUGUUGAGCACAUAAAACUGGAUAGAGAACAAGCGUCGUCGACACUAGGUGGGAUCCGCGUCCCUGUCCAGCCAGCCGCGCUGCCCUAGGGUGCCAUGGCCACGGGAACCCAGGGGCACCUUGACCACAUUCCAGAUAAAGCCAGGCUCGCGGAGGCCACAGGGAGGUGCAAGAGAGCGGAAGGGAGCAAGCCCAGGAAGAACUUUCCCUGUCAGCUGUGUGAGAAGGCCUUCAACAGCGUGGAGAAACUAAAGGUGCACUCGUACUCACACACGGGAGAUAGACCGUACCGGUGCUCCCACCAGGACUGCACCAAAGCCUUUGUCUCCAAAUACAAGCUGCUACGGCAUAUGGCGACACACUCUCCGGAGAAAACCCACAAGUGUACGUACUGUGAGAAAAUGUUCCACCGCAAGGAUCACUUAAAGAACCACCUGCACACUCACGACCCCAACAAGGAGGCCUUCGCCUGCCAGGAAUGCAGCAAGAGCUACAACACCAAGCUGGGCUUCAAGCGUCACCUGGCCCUGCAUGCGGCCAACAGCGGAGACCUCACCUGCCAGGUGUGCCUGCAGCCAUUCGCAAACACAGGCCUGCUCCUGGAGCACCUCAAGACCCACGCCGGCAAGUCCUCGGCUGGCACCAAAGAGAAGAAGCACAGGUGCGAGCAUUGCGAGCGCCGCUUCAUCACACGCAAGGACGUGCGGCGCCACAUGGUGGUGCACACAGGCCGCAAGGACUUCCUGUGCCAGUACUGCGCCCAGAGAUUCGGCCGGAAGGACCACCUGACGCGCCAUGUGAAAAAGAGCCACGCCCGCGAGCUGCUGAGGGUCAAGAUGGAGCCGGACGAUUCGCUGGACUCCUCCUUCUCCUGCGGGAUGGCUGGAGGUGUCAAGGGCGAGCUGGCCACCAUGUCGGCGCCGCACAGGCAGCUCCAGCUCAACCUCUACGACGGCCCUCUCCUGCCCCAGCACCACUGCCCCACCAUGCCCCCCCUGGACAUAGAGCCCAAUACCCCACACCCCUUCUCCCUAAAGUACCAGCUGGGCUCCAACCUUACCUCAUACUCCAUCUCCACCCUGGAGAGGGAGCAGAAUCUAAAGGGAGAACUGGAGACGUAUCUGAUGGAACUGCAGAGCGGCAUGCCUUCCUGGGCUGAGGGGGCUCAGCUAUCCUCCGCCUCCAAACUGGAGUUGGACUCACAGGUGGUCUCGUUGGAUGAGACCUCGCCCGACGAGGUGUCUCUGUCCAAAAUCGUGGCAGUGAGCGAGUCGCUGGCCUCCUCGUCGUUGCUCGACUUCUCACAGCUCUUCAACUUCCUGCCUUUGAAUGGCCCCCCGUAUGGGCACCAGGCGGCAGCCGGCGGGGGUUUAGGAAGAGUCCCCUACCAGCCAGAGGAGGCGCUGUCUGUCGUCCAGCUGCCGCCCCAGCCCCCGGAUUCCCACGAGGCAGCGGGAAGCGGGGGGGGUAUCAGCCCCCUCCACAGCCACUCCUCCUCUUAUACCUCAAACCUGAGUACAACAACCACGCUGCCCCGCUUCCACCAGGCCUUCCAGUGACAUGACAACACAAAAACAGACACGCAUACCCAUUACCCAUGCAUGCACACACUUACACACAUACAGUACACACACACACACAGGUUGAUAAAAAAAAAGAAGCUAAUUUCUAUUUUUAUGGCAGUAACACAUUUUUGAAUGUGUCUGCACAAAACUACGCCAUAAUUGCACUUCUGUUCAACAAUUAUGGGAUUCUUUAAAUACAGAUAUACAAGUGGUUUGGCUCAACCACGUAGCUCAAGCCAUGGGAUAAUGGUUGACAUUUCAUUUGGUUAGUGUCAACAAUGCUAUAUCACUUGCAAAUUUACCAUUAUAAUGCUGAUGACCGACAUAGUCCAUUUUAGUACACACAACAACAUCCAAACAUAACUAGGGUUUUGGAGUUUUCCAUAGAUUCAUUUAUGUAGGAAUGGGAUUGCAGUGAUGUAUUUCUAUCUUAAACCCCCUUGCCUUGGAAUAGCUUUAACUUAGUGUGUCGAUUUAACCAUAUUUUCAUAUAGCACUUUGUACUUUUGUGUGAUGUUCAAUGUCAUCACCGCUAACUGUUUUAAAAUGUCUUUGUUAUCUGUUUUUGUUUUAGGAUUUCAAGCAAUUGCAGUCAUACGUUUUUAGACAUAAGGUACUGAAAAAGCCCCUUAUGGAAGGUAGUGUGAGAACCAUCCCUGUUCCCCCAUCAAAACCAAAGUCAACCAAAUAUGAACUGAAUUGCCAGGCAGAAUAGUGUCAUGCUGUCGCUGAUGGUUGUAAACGUUGCUGCUGCAUAGUUGUUCCCUUAUAGACACUUGGAAUAACUCAGCUAGAAGUAGACUAAGUUGUUCUUCCUCAUUUCAUUUGAUUUCAUAUAAAAGGUGACAAGAUAAUAUAACUUUUUAAGGCAAGAGUAUUAACAUAGGUCCGGUACCAUUUCAGCACCUAGGCUCUUGCUGCUACCUACCCCUUUGUUUUAUGGACUGGAUUGGAAAGCAAAAUUGCAAAAGCUCCACUUGGAUUGAGCUUGUUGAGCCAUCAUCUAUGCUUCCACCUAUCCAGUCCUUUCAUAACUGUCGUUAUCGAAGGCCAGGAGCUAGUGGAAGGGACUAAGGACCGAAAUUACAUUUACAUUUACGUCAUUUAGCAGACGCUCUUAUCCAG